AUGCCUGGCAUGGCAUCACCCGCAAAGUGGAGGACUUUCCUCAAGCGAUGUUUAGCGCAUCGUGUAGAUGUUGAUGAAUUCAAGAGCUUGUCCAAGCUUAUGCUCAAACGCUAUCCAAUUAAUGAAGAGGAGCUACUUGAUCUCCUUGUGGAUUCCCACGCCGCAUCUGCUAUCAGCUGGGAUCCUUUGCUGCCUGUUUACAUCGACGGGCUUUGCAAAGCAGACCAAAUCAGGCCAGCUACGGCACUGUCGAGCCUUCUCAAGCACUCUUCCCUUCAUGAAAAGGACGAGACCAAAAAGAAAGUCUCCACUCUCAUGACAGAUAUUAAGGUUAUCCAAGAUGUCAUGCUCUCUAUUUCUAAUGGAUCCAUUCCCAUAUCUGUCACCGAGGGUGCAGAACUCUAUUCUGCCACUGCUGAGUGGAUUGGGGCUUUGGUUGCAUGGCAUAACACCAGCAUCGAUGUAUCACAUCAUACAGGCGGCUUGAUGGGCUCCCCCGAUGCUGUUACUUUGUUUGAAUCUCUUGGUGUCCUUCUUGCUGCGUUAUCUGUUACUGCCAAGGGACUAGAAACGCUUUCCAGUGACUAUAAAAAUGGAGUUUUCAAAGGGUUAAAAACCAAGCUGGGCCAAGCUCUUUCAGAUUAUCUGCCCUUGUGCAUGGAUAUAUCUCUGCGCCAUCGGUUAGAUGCUAUUCAAAAAGAUUUCAAUCUUUAUAGUGAACAAACCUCGAAACCACUAGACCACCCUGCUAUGGAAGGCAUGAAUGUCAACACUCUUCAGUUCGAGGCUUCAGUAAUGGACGGUCCAGUCAUCAACAGUAGAGCUGGACUCUACGUGUAUCUGAACUCCAUGCUUGUGGGACGUCCGUUGGUUGAUGACUCGAUAUUGAUUAAUUAUCUUACCAAUCGCUAUGAAGGCCAUCAAGAAAUUUUGAUUGAGGAGAUAAUCACGGCCGCCUUCGACGUUCUAGCCAAUGGCGUAUACCGCAACGAAUCGAGUCGAACAAUGUUUCUGUUUCGGACCUUUCUUGUGAACAAGCUUCCUUCCUUCUUUGCAGCAAUGAUAGCAGCGUCUAUAGUCCCUAUCAAUGUGGAGCUAUGUGUCACCCAGGCCCUCAGCCGACUCGACCCCAACGCAUUUCCCUCUUUUUCUCAAAUGUUCUCUACACAGGGAAGUAGCAUUCUCUCGGACGCUCGUCAAGAGUUCCUGUUUGCAUGUGCAUCACAGAGACUCAUCGCAGAGUCCAGCAUAGAGCGACUUCUGGGAGAGAACCCUAUGCAGACCUUGCCUGUGGGAGGCCCGUAUCAAAAGGACGACCUUGUUUCUCAAAUCAACACCAAUCCUGAGCGAGCAGAUCAAUUGAUAGGGGAAAUCGAGUCGAUGGAAGGCAAUGCAGGUGCUAUAGUGGGUGCGAUAACUGAGGUCAUGUUCAAUCUUUGCAAUCAAAAAGAAACGAUGACGCUGAAGAACAUAUGUAAUUCACUUUCACGGCGCCCACAAGCCAUGGAUGUUGUUUUACUUUUCCGGACCACGACACAAAUCUUACAGCCUCUUUGUUCACUACUAGAUUCCUGGCGAUGGGACGAAGACCAGGGCGAGAAUCAGCCGGUUUAUGAAGAGUUCGGUAGCAUUCUGCUGCUCGUACUUGCUUUCAAAUAUCGUUAUGAUCUCAAUUCCGCUGAUUUGGGAAUAUCUAGCAAGGAUUCGUUCCUGCUCAAACUUCUUGAUAAAGGAUCUUGCGGUCAGAAGUUCAGCGAGUUAAGCGAGAAACAGAACAAAGAUCUUGGUGGAUGGAUCGUGGCAUUGUUUGUGGCUGAAGGAAUCAACGAGGAGACCAUGUCAGCAUGCAGUCCUCAAGAAUUUUACAUGCUUGUUGCGACACUCUUUGAUCAAAGUCUUGGUGCAUGUGAGUCGGGGAAGUUGGAUUUUGAGACACUUAAGGGCGGAUUUGAAUAUCUACUUGAGCCGUUUUUACUACCAUCUCUGGUAGUUGCACUAACAUGGCUCGGUAACCAUAUCUGGGAAUCCGAAAUGGAACCCACGAUCCCAUUGAGAACUCUUUACUCCCUUGUGAAACCCAACUCUAUCUCUGGUGAGGCGCAAGCCAUACACCAGACCGUCCUUCACAUUACUGGCCGUCCAUUGGAAGAGCAACUAAAAGAUGUCCGGACCAGAAAUCAAACUCGAUCAGACAUCAAACCAAUCCUCGAUGCGCUUGAACCAUAUCUCUCUUUCCGACGAGUUGGCAGUUGCCAUCGUUCAGAGAUUGAAAGCUGGGCUGCCCAGACAGCGGGUGGUCUUCUAGGAAGCAUUCGCAGUACAUUGCAGUCACUAGUCCUCUGGAGCACAAGCUCAGAAAUAUCUAUGGCGCCUCAAUCUUACACGCAUCGCCAGCUCCUCGCUGGAAUCCGCAUUCUUGGUUCCUCGCGUGUCCUGAGUACGCUCAUAGACGAAGUGAAACAACAAGCCCAAGCAGGCAGCGGUGACUACGCUCUCGAUAUAGCAAUCACAAUGCUAUGUUCUCCAAUGGCUGAGUCUUUCGCUGUAGAACAAAACAUCUGUCGCCCUGUUGAUACCACCAAGGAUCCUCUUCCACGUUGUUCAAUUCUGACACUCAGGGAUGCUCUUGCUCUCCAGCAUGAUAACGUUCUAAAGACCUCUGAAAAGGAUCCUUUACGUGCGCAGAUCAUUGUUCGUCUCUGGCGCCGUGUUGGGGUGCUCACAGCCCCACCCCAAGUCUCGAAUAUCGACGUUAGCAAUAUCAUCCAUAACAUGCACCUCGGGGUCGAGGCUCAAGAUCAUAUGGAUCGCAUGGAUCUUGAACCUAAUGCUGCCAAUGUUGGUGGUACAGGUGUUGGCGAAGAUGAUGACCACAUCAAUCAAAUGCUGGAUAAUGCUGCCGCUGCUGCUGCCGCUACCGGAAUGGAUACCGGUUUGGGACAGGAUAUGGGUCUUGAUACUAGUACGGCGGGCAUGGAUGCUAUUGACGACGUUCUCAAUGCGGCAGAAAUGGCUGUUGGUAAUCCGGAGUUCCUAGAUUUGGACAUGGAGGGUAUGUUCUAG